GCCAAACUAGAACGCAACCUAUUUUCCGUAAACAUAUUAUUGCUGACUAAGUAGAUUCAAUCUACGGUAAACAUCAAAUCGCAAUGGUGAAUAAAGAAAAUUCAUUUAGUACUGGGCAGCAGAUUAAGUGGAUCGGCAGCAACGAUCCGAACGUAUACUUUAAGAAUUUGGAGCACAGAAACGUGUUAUUUUACAAAAAGUGCAUUUACGGCCCGCUGACGUUAUCAGUCGGGGAUUACAUAUUAGUUUCAAACGCCGAUGCGGCCGAACCUGACACAGUGGAUGGUUGUGACGUUGCAAGGGUCUUGCAUCUUUAUGAAUUGCGGGAGAUGACCAACAAGGAAACCAGCCGCGCUAUAGUUCAAUGGUACUCACGUCCACAAGCCUUACCACAUAAGGAAUUCGAUAAUGAUAAUAUUUGUAUUGAUUUUGGAGUAGAAAUUGUAGAGGAGCAUCGACCCUACGACAACGACGUAGCAUUGGGUGCCAUUUAUCGCAAGUGUAUUGUACUCGAGGCAUCUUCGCAGUGUAGUGCUGAUCAGAUUUUAAAGCAAACCCAAACGAAGUAUAAUAUCAGUUGUCCCAUGUUCGUGUGUCGCUAUAAGUUUGUUAAGGUGAAAAAGAAGUCUUAUCGUUUAAUACCUUUGGAGUUUCAAAUUGAAGAAACUACCACACCUGCAGUAGAAGCUAAACGUGUUCGCAGAAGUAGCACAAGGCAAAAUGCGACCAAGAGCGGUUCCGCUUCAGCACACAAAGCAUCCUCGGAGCGUUCCAACUUUGCCGAGAAACGCCGGAGAGCGUCAGUGGCUGCCGCUAGCGCCGUGGAAUUUAUUGACGUCAACUAUUUCAAUAGUGAAAACAAAGUGUCGCCCAUAAAGAUUGUUGGGGGUCGUAGUGUGGUGCGGCUAUCCGAGAAAAAAAAACGUUUGGAUGCGGUGGGUGAGCCAGAGAUUAAUGCCAAUUAUCUUGUUGCCUCACCUCUAACUGAAAAAAAUGCCAAAAUAGAGACGCCCAAAUCACGCGCCUCGGCCGCGCGCCGUAAUCUUAAUCUCAGUCUGGACAAAGGCGCAGAUACAACCGCCGAUUCUGACUGCCUUAACUAUUCAAUAGUGAAACAAACACCUGAUCCUAAGACCCCCUCAAAUGAUAUGAAAAUUAAAUUGCGUGUUUCGGAAAGAAGAAAAUCCGUGCGCCUGGCAUCUAUGGAUGAAGAUCGCGAUCCUCUGAAUCUAGAUAGGCAGUGCGAUACACCUAAUUCACAACGAAGAAAAAGACUUGGCAUUACUAAUGGAGAUAUUUAUCAUACCCCGUCCAAAAAGUCCAGGGAAUUGCAGGAAAAUGGAGCUACGGAGCAAACGCCCACCACACGUCGCAAGAGCAUUUUGAAAUCGGCAACCUCUCGUCUAGCUGAAGGAACCCCAAGGCGUAGCAUUCAACUUUCAAAUAUUGUGGAGCAACGCAUUUUUAAGGACGACGACGUCAUAUCUACACCUAAGCGGAGUCGUGCGAAAAUAUCCCAUUCAGGGGAGGGAGAUGAAGACUACACACCCAAGAAGUCAACACAAAAGACCCCUACUCGCAGCCGCCGUGCUAGUACAACCACGAGACCAGCCAAGGAUAGUGCGCCUCUGACACCAUCGCAGAAGCUAAAAAAAAUACGUGCCGGCGAAUUAAGUCCUACUAUAGAGCAGCGUCUGCGGCCAGUAGAUAAAUCCUGCAAAUCCCAAUUGCAGCUGGCGCGAGAACAGCUGCACGUAUCUAUUAUUCCCAAGAGUUUACCUUGUCGCGAAAAGGAGUUCGAUAAUAUAUACAGCUUUUUGGAGGGCAAAAUUCAGGACGAGUGCGGUGGCUGCAUGUAUGUCUCAGGAGUGCCCGGUACAGGCAAAACAGCCACAGUAACAGGCGUCAUUCGUACUCUUCAACACCAAGUAGCCCAGGAAAAGUUGACACAAUUCGACUUUGUUGAAAUCAAUGGAAUGCGUCUAACAGAACCAAGACAAGCAUACGUGCAGAUAUACAAGCAACUGACAGGCAAAACGCUCUCGUGGGAGCAUGCGCACACUUUAUUGGAGAAGCGUUUUACCACGCCGGCCCCACGACGACUAACGACUGUGCUCCUGGUAGAUGAGCUCGAUAUUCUAUGCAAUCGACGACAGGAUGUUGUUUACAAUUUGUUAGAUUGGCCAACUAAGUCUGCGGCCAGGCUAGUAGUGAUUACCAUCGCCAAUACCAUGGAUCUGCCAGAACGUUUGCUAAUGGGCAAGGUCACUUCGCGUCUGGGUCUUACACGACUCACUUUUCAACCAUAUACGCAUAAACAGUUGCAGGAAAUCGUCACAGCACGUUUGGGCGGCUCAGAUGCUUUUAAGGGUGAGGCAGUACAGCUGGUAGCGCGCAAAGUGGCCGCCGUAUCUGGUGAUGCGCGUCGAGCUCUGGACAUAUGUCGACGCGCCACUGAGAUAGCGGACAUGACCGAACAAUCAGUGGCUACGGCAACGAAAUGCGUCAGUAUUCUGCAUGUCCAGCAGGCUUUGGCCGAAAUGAUUGCAAGCGCCAAGGUUCAGGCCAUUAAGAAUUGUUCUCGAUUGGAGCAGAUUUUUCUACAGGCUGUUGCCGCCGAGGUUACACGCACGGGCGUAGAGGAAACAACUUUUAUGGGCGUUUACACGCAGGUGGAAACAAUUGCUGCUUUUAUGGGCGCAGUAGUUCCGGCGCCGGGUCGCGCUUUGCGUCUCUGCUCCAAACUGGGUGCUGAGCGUCUAAUAAUCUGCGAGCAUUCGCGUACCGAUAUAUUUCAAAAAAUUCUGUUAAAUGUCAGCGCCGAUGACAUCCACUAUGCGUUGCGAGUGGAGGGUAAUAACUAAAAUCUUUAAAUAGAAAAUUUUAAUUGACACUAACACGUUUAGCUACAAAGGUUUUAUCAGUAAUUUAAUUAUAUUUAAGUUUCUCUUUUAAACAAUUUAAAGUACAAACUCGUUAUUACAAA